AUGGCCAGCAACUCCAAAAAGAAGGAUAUCGGAAGUCUGUAUAAGGUUCUUUUCACUCUUGGUCAUGGUUCAUUUGGCACGGUGAAACUGGCCUGUCACUUGAAAACCGAGGCGCUGGUUGCCAUAAAAACAGUAGAGCGCAACAAAAAGAACAUCAGGGGGAUCCGUGCAGAGAUAGCCAUAUUGGAGAAACUACGGCAUCCUAACAUCAUCUGCCUCUUCCAGGUGCUGGUAACAUCUAGGCACGUUAAUAUCGUUACCGAAUAUAUUCCAGGAGGAAACUUGUUUGACAUCAUAAAGGAGGAUGGCCCGAUGCAUGAGGAAGAGGCAAGUAGAAUAUUUGGGCAGGUUGUGUCAGCUGUAAAAUACUGCCACAACCAGGAUAUUGUCCACCAGGACAUAAAAGCGCAGAACAUCCUGAGGGAUGAAGAGGGGAAUGUCAAAAUUAUAGACUUUGGCCUGGCCAUCACCUGUAGAUCUGGCACCUUACUGACGCGGCAGUGUGGGACCAAGAGCUGUUUUGCCCCAGAGCUCGUACUACGGGAGCCGUAUGAUGGCAAGAAGGCAGACGUGUGGAGUUUGGGCGUGCUACUUUAUUUUAUUACCACNGGGCACUACCCCUUCNGNGGAANCACCAUGAAAGAGAUGGAGGNNAAGAUAGCUACGGGGACCUAUGACAUUCCAACUCAUGUCUCUGGACAACUUGAAAACCUAAUACACCAGAUCCUCACAGUUCCCCCAGAGAUGAGGCCCUCCGUUGAAGACAUUGAGAGACAUCCAUGGGUCACAAAAACUGAGGUAAAUAACCCAGCUGUGACCGAUCCAGAUUAUAACAUUAUCGAAAUGCUCUGUGCCAUGGGAUUUGAUGCCAACAAGAUCUUAGAAUCCCUGCAAAGAAAAAAAUAUAAUGAAUCAAUGGGGGCAUAUUUGAUUCUAAAAGCACAAGUAGACAAGGGGCUUGAGCUUACAUCUACCAUUUCAGCCAAGCCUGUGGAUCGAUGUGCUACACCACCCCCUUCACCACGAGCACAUCCCUCUAUCUCUGGUCUUCCCCCAAAGAGAAGGGCCAGUGAGCCCAACAUUAGCCUCCUCCACAUCCAGCCGUCAGGAGAGCACGAACCUAUCGCCCUGGCACUAUCAGGACACAAGGUGGCCAGAAGUGUCUCCAUGCCUCCCAUUGCUCUACACUAUCCUGAGAAAAAAAGCAACAGUGCUAGCUUUGCCCUCCGUUCUGGAGCUGUGGCUGCCCCAUCUGUCUGCAGCAGCAUAUUGGAGAAGGAAUCGCCUGUGCCACCUGAUCAAGAGUGUGACGUGGGUGUUCGCUUCGGCAGCACGUAUACGAACGAGUGUGACACGGAAACACCAUCUCCCCCUCAGAAGAUCAGCCGCUUCAGGAGAAUGUGCAAGAGAAUCGUGGCUUGCCUGUCACAACUCUGCUGUAUCCCGCGGGCUCCAAGGACAAAAAAGAAGCGUACAUCCUCCAAGAAAGUGGCUCCCCUGGAAGCGGCAGGAGGCAGAACCCGAUGA